AUGUCGACCGACGGCUCAGACCAGAUGGACGGGCUGAAGAAGGAGGAGGCCUACCCCGUGAAGAAGGACCUCAAAUACUGGACGGUUGGAGAUUACAACUGGAAGUACCUGUGCACUCCCCAGUGGCCCUGGUGCCGCGGCAACAAGCGCCGCUCGCCGCCCCAGUUCUUUGGCAAGGACUCGUGGCUGGGCCUGCUCACCGCUGCCGUCAUGGGCCUGCAGCACGCUAUGGCCAUGCUCGCGGGCCUGACCACCGUGCCCUACCUGAUCGGCAACAACGCCCUUCAGGAGGCCGAGAAGAUGUUCGGAGUGGAUAGUGCCGAAUAUGACGAAGCCAUCCAGACUCAGCAGUACCUCAUCUCUGCGGGCCUCAUCAUCUGCGGCAUCAUGACAAUGGUCCAGGUCACCGCCAUCCCGCUGCCCUUCAAGCGCCAGAUCGGCGCGGGCAUCCUGUCGGUCAUGGGCAUCUCCUUCACCACCUUCUCCCCCGCCAACUCCACCAUCCAGAAGCUGAUUGGGGAGGGCGAGACGUUUAACGAGGCGUACGGCAAGGUGCUGGGCACCGCCGCCCUCUGCGCCCUCGUCCCAGUCGCCAUCUCCUUCCUGCCCCACCGCGCCAUUAAGAGGAUCUUCCCCCCCGUAGUGUGCGGUGUGACCAUCGUGCUGAUUGGCAUCAACCUGUGCGGUGUGGGCAUGAAGGCUUGGGGUGGCGGCGCCUUCUGCGCCGACAACUACAAGGGCCUGGAGAUCCCUGUGGAUGGCGCCUGCUCCUUUGUCAACGCCACCACCAACGAGCUGCAGCCUGUGUUCGACCCCAAGACCAAGACCGACACCUGCUACAUCAACGUGCCCAUCAACUGCCGCAACGGCGACGUGAUCCUACCAUUUGGUUCUGCCGCUUUCAUUGGCCUGGGCUUUGCUGUCUUCUCCAUGAUUGUCAUCCUGGAGCUUUUCGGCUCUCCCUUCAUGCGCAACGUGAUCAUCGCCCUGCUGUUCGGUUAUAUGAUUGCCGGCAUUGCCACCUACGAUGGUGCCAAGUUUGUCACCGGCGCCAAGAUCAGCGCUGCGCCCGCCAUCACUUUCCUGUGGGUUCACACCUUCCCGCUCAAGAUCUACGCCCCUCUGAUACUGCCCAUGCUCAUUGUGUUCACCAUCACCUCCAUUGAGACCGUGGGUGACGUGGCUGCCACUGAGGAGGCCUCCUUCAUCUCCACCGAGGGCCCCUCCCACGACAAGCGCAUCCGCGGCGCCCUGCUCAACGAUGGAAUCGGCGGCAUCUUCUCCGCGCUGGCCACCUCCCUGCCGCUGACCACCUUUGCCCAGAACAACGGUGUCAUCUCCCUCACAGCCGUGGCCUCCCGCCAGGCGGGCUGGUCCUGCGCCAUCUGGCUGUUCGUCCUGGGAGUGAUUGCCAAGUUUGCUGCCGUCAUCACCACCAUCCCUGACUGCGUGUUUGGCGGCAUGACCACCUUCCUGUUUGCCAACGUCAUCGCCUCUGGCAUCAAGAUCAUUGUCGGCGACCACCUGACCCGCCGCAACCGCGUCAUCCUGGCGUUCUCCAUGGCUCUGGGUGUGGGCGUCACGCUGGUGCCCCAGUGGGCGACCAACGCCCUGUGGCCCUGCACCGGCUGCAGCGAGGGCGUGAAGGGCCUGCAGGAGGCUGUCAUCACCAUCCUGGAGACUGGCUUCUGCAUCGGCGCGCUGACCGCCAUCUUCCUCAACCUGGUGCUGCCCAUGGAGACGCCCAUGAUCGUGCCUGCCCCCACCAGCAAGGGCCUGCCCAUCAACCAGGAGCCCUCCUUCAUCCGCCACGACGACGACAACAUGGAGCCUCCCUCCCAGGAGCCCAUGGCCAAGUACGACGCUGCCGCUAGCGGCGCCCCCGCCGGCGCCAUUGUGGUGUAG